AUGCCUGGAUACCUCGCGCUGCCCUUGAGGCAUGGGGACCUCCGUACCUCAAUUUACUUUCUACCUUCAUCUCUAUGGCUCCACGCUCAGAUACUCGUGCAGCCCAGCCCACAACGUCUGGGUUGGGUGUUCAGUUUGUCAUGUCAGUCCAUGGAAACCAAGGAACAAACGCAAAACCCAGACGCCAAAUUGGCAACUCUCCUCGCAGGAAAACUAAAUUCUGAACAAACGACCACAUGCCAGCUGGACAUGUUACCUACCGCUGUCUCGUCUGAGGAGAACAUGCCUGCCGAUGCUUGCGAGGACUUGUUUCUCUUUGAAGAUGAAGUCCCACCGCUUACUGAGCCUCAAGACUCGAUUCCACCGCUGAACACCUCUGAGUUCAUUCCAAAUCGCCGCAUUCUACCUGACAUCGCUGCCGCACGAUUAUAUGACACUUGGAAGAUACUGAUACCCACUCUCGUCGAUGUUCAGCUCGAGUAUACUCAGAGGACCGUUGGAAAAUUUGUCGAGCGACCUCCGACGAUUCUGUCUGCAUGUCACUCGCAGAAGUGUGCACAGAAACGCACAACUAUGAUUGGCUUGUUCUUCGAUGGCUUCACAACCCUCGACAUUUUGAGUUGCAGAUGUGCUACCGCACCUCAAGUCCUGGUUCUUCACAGUUUAUUCCCAACUUCCCCCUCCCAGCCAUGCAUGGCAGUAUCUACUGAGCUACUCACCUUCUAUCGAACACUCUUUGAGCGCUCAUGUGAUGCUGUGAAUGCUCUCGCAUCUGCCCUGCACACACACUACAUCCGCAGAGGUUUCCGCAUGACGAAUGCUAAGGGUGAAUUUAUCCAAGAACCUUUCUGGCAAAGUCUCGGUCAAGCUAUCUUAUGGUUUGAUGUCUUACAGGUGGAGCUCGAAUCCCAGCUAGAAUGCGCUGUUCAAGCAAGCCGAGACUUGGUAGAUGCCUCUCGAGAUCCCCCAGAGCAUCCCGCAUCAUAUGCGCCCACUGUAGACGUGGUUCCGCGUGAGCGCUGUGCCACAAUCCUUCUUCAGCGUUGUCCUGCUUGUUUUGGGGGGGUCUCAUUUGGAAGGCAGCUGGAAGAAGGUGGAGAUAUUCAUGUUGCUACUGAUGGGAACUUCCAUCAUCGACAUCGGCGUUCAGCAGGCGAUUCACCCCAUUUUUAUGAUCCCUCUUACUUCUUACCUAAAGCUCAGGUUGAUGACAUUGGGCGUCAUAUUGAUCGGAGUCGCAAGUCUGCACUGAAACCGCAUGCACCACUUGUACCCCAUGAGGCCAUUGACUUAUGCGAGAAUUCAUAUGAAGCUGCCGAUGGAAAGAAGCAAAAAGCAGCCAUGGAUAGCUUCGAUGACACGGGAGUCAUGGCAUUAAUAUGUCGCCACAACAUUCCCCUCUUCUUUGCAAACAUCGACACUCCAGGCGAGCAGCAGAAAUACGCCGUCGCCCUUAUUGAUCACCUUUUUGUGUUAUUACCUCGAAGUGCAACAGUUGUCACUCUGUAUGACGUGGGAUGUGUUCUCUCACGAUCAUUAAGUCAGUACAACAUACUUCCCGAAGCUGUGACAAAGCGCUUGCGAUUUGCAACAACGGCCAUGCAUGCCUAUGGCCACGAAUGGUCGUGCCAACUUGUUCACAACCCACGCAUAUGCAAAGGCCUUGGCCUUUCAGACGGAGAAGGCACCGAGAGGCUAUGGUCAAGAUUUAUCCGCUUGAUAGGUAUUCAGCGCUCCUCAUCUAGACAGUCUGCUGCCAUCGGUCUUGAGAUGCGUGCUGACCUCAGUGAUUGGAUCCGGCAUUGCCUUAAGCGGGGAAUUCAUGAACAAGGGACAGCUGCACAGACCACGCUGAGUGAGUGUGAUGCGACGAUUGAAGAUCUGCGACAUCAAUGGGCUCUGCAGCGACAGUCACAGUUGUCCAUCCGUGCUCAUGCUCCUGCUCGGCUCAAGAAAGAGCUGGACACCGUGUUUGCCCUACAAGGUGACCUCGAUGCCUCUGACAAGGCUCUUCAAGCAACAAGUGAGGUUAUUACAAAGGGAAAUGUAUCCCAACGCACACUCGAUGCGAUCGAGAGCCUCGAACGAAGUCACCAAUGCCUCAUGGACAAAGUUGAUGUGUUAUAUGCUUCCCUCAACGUUCAUGACAAGUUCCCCGAGCUGGAAGGAAUAAACAUCAAAUUUGUUUGGACACUUCUCUUGGCACGCGACCUCAAGAUCAACAUUCAGAAGCAUGCAAUUGGAAGCUUCUUUGAAUGGGACAAGCUCGAUCAUGCCGUUGGUGGCACACAACAAGCAUUAGGGAUGAAACUUCACCAGCAGACCCAAAAGGCCAUAUCGAAGCGACAACCAGCCUUGCUGGCCGCACUACGUAAAUUCAAUGGAUACUGCGAACGCCUCGAAGAACUAUACGAACCAGGCUGUGGUAUUCCUCUUCCAAUGCCUCUCCCCACCAAGCUGAAUGAACUCCGCAAUGAUCAAACACUGAUGGAGGAUAUUUGGAUCACACCUUCAGUUGGGGAGGUUCCUCGUUGGCUGGAUGAUCAGGAUAUUCGUGAUGGGAUAUGCGCUAUGUUAAAGCGCGAUAGAUGCAUCGAGGAGCAGCGACGUCUUGGGCUAGAAGCUGACAAUCUUUGCAGGUGGUUUGGUGAUGAACUCGCUGCAAUAGAACUCACCCUGCAGUUGCCUGAAAACAUCAGAUUUUCUAUCUUACUACGUCAGCGGCAGGAACAUCUCCAACAUCUUCAAAUCCGUUGGUCUAACCCACUUGCGUCAUCACUACGGUUUGAGUCCCGUGCAAAACAUGCUGAAUCGUUAGUGAUGCGGAUCUUAGGUGCUUCCAAAGACACUGCGCUUCACUGGAUUCCUCAAACAUCGAUAUCCUGUGCCACUACCCUGGAGGAGGGCAAAGAGGAGGGCGAAGAGGAUCCAGAGGUUAUCGCUGCGUCCUUCGAUGAUCCUCCACCCGAGCACAUUGCUUUUGCUGACAUAAUAAAUGUUGACACUCCUGACAGUGAAGAUGAAGAAGACAUCAAUAUUGCAAUCGAGCCUCAUGCACUCAUUACCUGGCACACUCCCGAGCGAGUCAUUGUUGACCCAGUACCACCAAUGAAUGACACUACCGUUAUUGUCCCUGGAGUCAUCACCACCAGGGUUCGUCCUCCCCGCGAUGCAUUCCCACAUCAAAUUUUCGAACCAAAGGAUAUCAAGAUCCUUGCAUUGCCUACUGCACUGCUGAACGACAGCCUCAUCAAUGGUUGUGCAGCAUUGCUUUAUUCUGAGUCUCUGCAAGCUUCUCCUGCUGUAGCGCAAUAUGCGAUCUUGUCCACGCACGACCUCCCCCGCAUUCGGUACAAUGCGUCUGAUGACGUGCUUUGGUGCAACAUAUCGUGGACUUGUUAUUGGGCCAAGGACGUGUGGAUCAUACCGAUUCAUAGACCCUCAAUCAUUGGUCAUUGGGUGCUAUGUAUUGUGCACCUCCAGAGCAAGGAACUUCACCUAUUCGAUAGCUUUGCCGAGCAACGACCUUGGAAGAGCGAUGUCAGAGUGAGCACCAUUGUAGUUCCUCUUUUAUCAUUCAUCCAGACUCAAUACAUCUAG